AUGUACAUUUUAUUCUUUUUUUUUUUCAUGCAUUUUUUCAUCAAUUUUCUUUUCCUUCCAACGUACAUUUUUUAUCUUUUUCUUUAUUUCUUUUUUCUUUCCUUUUUUCUUUCCUUUUUUCUUUUCUUUUUUCUUACCUCUUUUUCUUUCCUUUUUUCUUUCCUUUUUCUUUCCUUUUUUUCUUUCCUUUUUUCUUUCUGUUUUUUCUUUCCUUUUUUCUUUCCUUUUUUCUUUCCUUUUUCUUUCUUUUUUCUUUCCUUUUUUCUUUCCUUUUUUCUUUCCUUUUUUCUUUUUUUCUUUCCUUUUUUCCUUUCCUUUUUUUCUUUUCUUUUUUCAUUCCGUUUUUUCUUUCCUUUUUUUCUUUCCUUUUUUCUUUCCUUUUUUCUUUCCUUUUUUUUCUUUGCUUUUUUUUUGACACGUCCUUCACAUCUUAUCUUCGCACGUUCUUUUUCUUUUUUACUCGUUUUUCUUUUUUGUUUUCUUUUUGACGCGUUCUUUCGAUCUUCUUUUUUUAAUUUUUUUUUUAACACGUUCAGUUCUUCCUGCUUUAUUUUUAAUCUAUUUCUUCUAUUUUGCUUAAGUUCUAAUAUCAUUCUCCUUCAUUUUCAUACUUCUUCAUUUUCAUACAUCUUUCUUUUCAUUUUCUUUCAUUUUUCUCUAUCCUUCAUUUUUAUGCCUCUUCAUUUUUACUCUCUUUGA